GACGACCACCAACCGUCAUCCAUAACGCUGUGUGAUAAGGGUGAUGUCAGAUGCAAUGGUUCGGACAUGUUGGUGCUAAAUUUUUCGUAUUACUUUUAAUUAAAUAAAAAAAAAACUAUAAAAUGGAGUCCGAAAAUGUAGAAAAUGGUGAACCCGCCUUACAAGAGGAAGAACAGCAAAACCAGGAAGUUGCAGCAGUUGAUUCCGAGCAACUUGAAAAAGCAAUCUUGGAGGAAUAUACUCCUUUGGACAUCUCGGUAUGCCCAUUCCGAGGUGUGAGCUCAAAAUCGACCAUCGUAGAUGAAUCGGAGGACUUCCCGGAACCUGUUGAUGCACUAGUGCGGUUAGCCGCUGAAGAAGUGCUAUUUCUAUCCAAGCGUUCCUUCGUUGAGAUCUACGUUGGAGAGUGUCGCAAGUACGGUGUAACUCCCUUGCGGUACGUAUGCGAGAUUCUGGAUGACGUCGAGGUGAAUCCCGAACAACCCGUUGAUGUUGAUUUGAACCGCAUUGGUUGUAGCAAUCUUCAAGUGCAGAUAAUUUUGGACUGCUUGGUAAUAGCAUGCCCGGACCGGAUAAACACCCUUAACAUCAGCCACAACUUGUUGAUGAACAGUGCGCUGGCCGUCUGCUUGGCCAAUCUUCUACAACUUGCCCAACGGAUCGUCUACUUGGACCUUUCUCACAACUUUCUAGGAAGCGCUGAAGCUGCUGAAGUCCUGGCAGAAGCCCUGUCCAACUCAGCCGUUCGGAAGUUAAACCUAUCGCACUGCCAUCUGAACGAUCGAAGUGGAAUGGAACUGUUCAAAGCGUUGAUGCUGUCGUUCAGCAUUGAAGAGGUUGACGUCAGCUGGAACAGGUUGGAGCACUUGACCGGAGUAGCUGCAGGAGCAUUUCUGGGUGUGAAUUCAACAAUUCGGGAACUGAACUUGGAGGGGAACUUGCUAUAUCUGGAGAAGGAGUGUAUUGUACCAUUUUUGAAGGAGCUGGCGAAGAACGAAUCGCUACAGAGGUUGAAUUUGUCAUGGAAUGCGCUCCGGGGUGCCUUGUUCAGCUCGGCACUGUACAAAGCAAUCACAGCAAGCCGGCUGAAAGUUCUGAAUCUGGAAAUGAACUGUUUGCGAUCGGAAGAGGCUGUGGCUUUGCUUAAAACAUUUCGCAAGUGUGAGAUUCUGGAGGAGAUCUAUGUAGGCGGGAAUUUCUUUAGUGAAGAUGAAACUAAAGAGCUGGUUAAGGCUUUUGGGCGAAACCCGACCAUGAAGGUGCUUUCACUCGGAGACUAUCAAUUUGUUAACAAGGUAGCUGGACGGCUUUCGAAACGCUUCAUGAAACGGGACCCGGAGAAAACAAUCAUCUACCAAGGUGUCCUUCUAUCCAAUCCGCCACGACCGGUGGACGUCCCAGAGAUGCUCCUGGAGAGAUGCCGCUUUCUGGGCUUCAAACCCAAACGGAAAAAAAGGAAACGUGACCUGGGUCUCUUUAUGCUCCAGCUGCAGAAACUCGAGAGUCCUGUUUUGGAGAGGGAUGACUUUGUUGCGAUGGUCAAGAAGUUCCGCAUCAAGCUGGACAAGAGUCUGCUCGGCUCGUUGAUGGACGCGUUUGCAGAGCGAAAGUUGGUUGACAGUGGUGCCAUGGCAUUGAAAUAUCUGGGGAAAUAUCCGACGGAAUGGCCGCCUGAGAAACCCAAGAAGGCGAAGCGGAAGAAGAAAAAGGGGGUGAAUGGAGAAAGCAAGGGAAACAAGAAAGCGAAAAAAUAGGUAUGUCAUAACCAAGUGUGCAUAAAUUAGUUC